AGGAUCAAGGUCCACGCAUCCAGAAAGAUUGAACUUCCGUUUGAAGAAUAAUGAGAGGAGCAUGAAUUCCUGGGAUACAUCGCAAUGAGUGACUAGCGGGAAAUCGAUUAGCAUAAGUGACGAUUUAAACGCGUGUAUACGAUAACCGAACGACUUUUUAAACUACGCAGCGUGACGCGUGGGUGGAUCAAUUGAAUUGUAAAACGUACCCGUGGGUGAUAUAACCUUGACGAAUUUAUGGAGACGAUGAAAAAGUGGUAGACUUGAAAAAGACGUCUAACAGUUUCAAGGAAUAACAAGUGUUGGCAGAUAAGUAAACAACGUAUGCUUGAUCGAAUUUCCUUGUAUUUCGCGUCUCUUCAAGUAAGGUAAAUCCCACUACCGCAUGGAUUUGGACUACCACAUUGUUCGGGAAUUCUAACGCUGUUGAUGUCAUUGAAUCUAACCAUUUAAGAUGACGUCGAAGAUGACCAAGAGUCACGUUUUCACCUCACUUGUCCUCGCCUUCUUGGCGAUGGUCUCCUCAGCCGACGCAGACGAGGGUAACUGCGAAAUGGUACCAUUCGAGGACGGUAGAUCUAUCGUAUAUUCAUGCGUCGAAGUGACCCUUGAUAACCUCCAGAGUAUCCCGAAUGAGGCCGAGUGGAUACAAUUCUCAGUUUCAAAAUUGCCAAGCAUUCCGAAAGGGGCGUUUUCCAGGUUCAACCUGCGCAGGUUAUCCUUCUACAACUGCGACGUGAGACACAUCGAUCCGGAGGCCUUCGAAGGUCUGGUGAACCUCAGAUGGCUGACCUUCUACGGAUUGACCAUAAAUGUUGUCAGGGCAUCCUGGUUCAAAGGAUUGACGAGCCUGACCUACCUGUCGAUGGAGAACAACCAAAUCAUGUACAUCGAGCCAAACGUCUUCCCGCACAUUCUGAAUCUCGAAUAUUUGAGCGUCGAGAACAACGAAUUGAGCUGUUUACCGCAUCACGCCCUGGCACCGUUGAGGAAGCUCACACACAUACGAACCCGUAAAAACCCAUGGCUUUGUAAUUGCUACAAGGAACUCGUGAUUUGGAUGAAAAAUCGUCGGAUAAAUAUGGGAGCGAAAGAUACGUUGUCGAAAUUCAAAUAUGAGUGUAUGAAAGAUUUUGGCGUCAGGUCAAGCAAUUCGGAAUCGUACACGUACAAAUGGACCGCAUUGCACAGUGAGGAGUACAAAAAUUCUUCGGCAUUGCAAACGGAAUAUGUUACAUUGAGCUCAACGGAGUUAUCCAGGAUCCCAGAUAACACAGAAUCGAUAAGUUUUGAAAAAACUAAGAUAAGAAUGAUACAAAACUUCGCCUUUUUCCGAUUUGGGAACAGCUUGAGAAGCCUCAACUUCAGCAGCUCCAGCAUAGGACAAAUUGAGCCGGAGGCUUUUGUGGGAUUAUCAAAACUGGAGCAACUCAUUCUCUUCAAUAACAGCAUCAGUACGGUCGAGUCAGAAUGGUUCAAAGAUCUUUACGAAUUGAAGGAACUCGUAUUGGAUGGUAAUUCAAUAACACAUAUGCCAGAAAUCCUGUUUCUAUCACUUGGAAAUAUAGAAACUUUAAGUCUCAAUGGCAACAAAAUACAAUGCCUUUCAAUCGAUUCAUUUUCGUUUCUAAAGAAACUCAAAUAUGUCAAUAUUGAGAACAAUCCGUGGAAUUGCAACUGCCAGAAAGAGUUUAGAGCCUGGUUGGAUAAGCAACAAAUCGGGUACAAAAUAUCUACCGGAAAAUGUACGAAUGAAAAGAUCGAAAAUAAUCAACAUCCAUCUGAAACGAAAUAUGAAAACAGUAUGAAUGAACACAAGUCUGGAAGCGUGGUAACGGAAAUUAAUAAUCAAAAAGCCGAGACGACCCACACCUCUGUGAUUCAGUCCACCGAAGACUUUCCUACGCACUUCGGAAAUUAUUAUGAAGAACAAAACGAAGAGAUCGCCAAAAACGAAGCUCAACACGAACAAAGCAAAGAAAUCAUCAGUUAUGAACACUACUACAAUAAAACAGAAUGGCAACACCAACAAUCACAACAUAACGUGCAACAAGGACAACAGGAGCAGCAGCCGCAACAGCAAACAAUACAAAUGCAAGAACAUCGCGAACAAAUUUGGAAUCCAAGCAAUUGGGAACACGGACAACCUCCACCGACUGGUUGCACCGCAUUAGAGACAAAUGUGGAUGGUGUUAUAGAGAUAUUGAGAAAAGACAAGUUUGGACCUUUUGGAAAUUGUCGAAUAGUAACAUUGCGAUCGUCUUUUGUUAGAGAAUCGUACUUCUGUUCAGAUGCAACAUUAUCGGAUUUAAGUAGGAUUCCCGAACAGGCUGAAUCAAUAAUAUUUCAAAAUUCUGCGAUACCCCACUUGUUGGAUAAUUCGUUUGCCAACUUCGGAGAUAACCUCCGAGUUCUCGAGCUAACGAAUUGCAGGAUCGAGCACAUAGCACAUCGAGCUUUUUCGGGACUGAUGAAUUUGCUAGAACUUAAUCUCAACCUUAAUCACAUCACGGAGGUCCGAACUUCCUGGUUUGAAACCAUGCCUUCGUUAAGACGGCUCAGUUUGUCCUGCAAUCGUAUCCACCGGAUCGAAAACGGUGUAUUUUUCUUCUUAAAGAACCUCGAAUAUCUUGACAUAAGAAAUAACAAACUGAAUUCAAUUGGAACCGAGGCUGUCUCGUCCAUGUCGAGCAUGCGGACAAUGGCCAUCGAUAAUAAUCCAUGGACCUGCCUCAUCCUACAUAAGCUGGUCGAAUGGAUGAACGAUCGUGACAUAAAUUACGACAAGAAUCGCUUGAAGCUAAAUUUAUCCUGGGAUUGUAUAGGGGAUAGUGCUGUACACCUCCCUAGCAGGAGCAACGGAACAGGUGGAAUCCCAGGAAUGACUUCCACGACUUCACCGACACUUCCAUCACCUUCACCAUUGCCACCCCGUCCUCCACGUCCCCAUCGAUGCACCUUCGAGCCAAAGAGUAAUUACGGGAACAACAACUGUGAAUGCGUCGAUGGUGAUCUGGGUGUUCUGGAGGAAAUCCCGAAUACCGCUGAGAGAAUCAAGAUCACAAAUGCCGUGAUACCGCAAUUACCAGCUGACGCCUUCGCCCGAUUCACAAACCUGAGGGAGUUGCUUUUCUACAACUGUAGCAUUGAAGAUAUCGAUCAGUUAGCGUUUCGUGGAUUGCGUAAAUUGGAGUCGCUAACUUUUGUUGAUAAUAGAAUACCGAUUGUCAGGUCAGCAUGGUUUUCUGAACUCACCGCGUUGAAUAAACUUCAACUAGCGAGAAACUCGGUAACGGAAAUAGAGGCUGACACUUUCAGCUAUCUACCCAAUCUCCAGAUACUUUCUCUGCAGGAAAACAGCAUCGAUUGCAUCUACACAGAAUCAUUGAGUCAUUUGAAAAAUCUUAAGGUAGCGUCGUUCCAAGAGAAUCCGUGGAAAUGGGGAUGUCUGAAGGGAUUGGAAGACUUCGUUCAAAGACGUAACGUCAGUGCUACCAAGUUUAAUAUUUAUCACGGGAGAGUCAUAAAUUGCGGUAUAUGCAAGAUAAAAGAAAGCACGGCAGAGUCUCUCACGUCUUCCGAGGAAACUACGAACACUGCUGCGAUCUCGAUGGUCAAUAUGAUAUGCGUCUCCAUAGCGAUGCUUAUUUUCGCCAGGUUCUAACCUCAGUUGACUAAAAUAAACCGCCUUUCGCCGUGAGACUAAUAUUACACUUGCAGGCCAUGCGUCAAGGAUCGAAAUUUCCAAAUGCUCUUCAUCGUGUAGUUUUUUGCAGGCAUACGUGAUAUAUUUGAUCUGAUAUUAUAGGUGGACAAAUAUCAACGUACGUGUUAUAAACGUAAUGUCUGAAAUUCUAGAUAGAAGAGCCUAAUAAUGAAAGUGUUGCAUUUAGCUGCUUUGAUGCCGCAAAAACUUAUACGUGCUUCCUAGUUUUAUACUGAUUGAGGUUGUAUAAAUUUUCUAUGUCUAUACUUCACGCGGUAGACCUACAUAUAUUUCUAACAAGCAGCACCUGUCAUUGUUAAUAUCGAGGAAUUUGUGAAUUACGAUAAACAUGUUGUAGGCAAUGAAUCUAUCAGAUGAAUUGAUAGCACGAGCAAAUCUAGCGCGAUGUCAAUAUUGGAGAAAAUUUUUAUCGGAGCGAAGAAAGGCUUAUUAAUUUUUGACUCCCACGCAGUUUAUUGGCAAACGGCCCAUGUUAUUUUUAGAAAUUUAAACUUGAUGAGUAAAACGGUGCCAUAUUAAUUCGUUCAUAUUCCAAAACUUAAUAUCGUCAUAUAAACCAAUAUUAAAAUUAUAAGUAUUUAAUUAGUUGUAUUUUAUCCGAUGUAACCAUAAACAACAAUACACCGUGAUUUUAUUAAGCUAUUCACACAUGAUGCGUACAAAUAAAAGAAGUGACCACCUUCAAAGAUAAGUGCCUUGAAAUAGUUAAAGAGAUUUUAAAAUUUUUCAUUACGUAAAGCAAACAUAAAUCUACAUUAUAUACAUCCCUAUGCAUAUAACACGUGUAUGAAUAAUGAGUAUGUAUAAUAUACUUAAACGCAGGCUGUGUUCACACAUUGACUUAAUGAUCCCGUACAAAUAACUUUUUUCGUCAAAGUACGAAGCCAAAACAUAAAUCAAAAUACUUAUUUAUUAAUAUAAAUUAAUGAUUAAUUGUAGAAUUAAAAUAAGUAUAUAGUUACUCGUUAGAAGGAAUAGCAUCUGUGUUAGCAAUACGUGUAACAAAGAUAUAUCUAAUCGCAAUGAAAAAAUUCACUUGUCAUAUAUAUAUAUUGCUUCGAAAAUUUUUGUCUAGGAAUAUUAAAAAUUCAUGUAUAAUAUAUAUUUUUUCUAAUUAAUAUGAUUUUGCAAGUUAUGUAUUUUUAAUAAUAAUUUUUUUUCGAUUGUUAAUAUAUUUUUGCUGCGCAAUGGAAGCACAUAAUAUAUCACUUCGACAAAUAUUUGCUCUUUAGAGCUUGAACUCGAAAUAUAAUGAUUGUUAAAUA